GGGCGAGGGCGGGCGGGACGGACGGAGGGACGGAGCCAGCGGACAGGCACCCGCAGACCCCACUCGCCCGCUGCCGCUGCCUGUCGCCCCAUGGAGCUGUGCCCGGGGCCCGCGGCGCCCUCGGGCUGGGCGCUGCCGCUCCUCCUCGCCCUGGGCGCCGGGCUCAGCCACGCCACGCCGCACCUGCGGUACACCCGGCCGGGCUCCCGCAGCAAGAACUGGUGCGCCUACAUAGUGAACAAGAACGUGAGCUGCUCGGUGCUGGACGGGACGGAGAGCUACGUCCAGGCCCAAUACAAGUGUGCCUGGAAUCAGUUCCCCUGCCAGCCCACCCUGGUAUACCGGACAAGUUUCAGACCUCGGUACACAGUUGCAUAUAAGACAGUAACAGAGCUGGAAUGGAGAUGUUGUCCUGGGUACAAAGGGGAGGACUGCAAAGAAGGCCCAGCAGAAAAGCCAAACACUGCUCGUCGUCCCACAACACCAGCAAAAGCUGUUGUGAAGAAAGGCUUAGAUGCAGAACCAACAGAAGAGCCAGAACCUCCACCAUAUGAGAAGAAAAUGCAGUUUCUUGAGGAUGAAUUGUUUAGGCUUACACGAUCGGUGCUUGAACUUCAGUCCUCUGUGGCAGGUGUGAAUGAAAAUCUAAAGUUGACUGUCCAAGAAGAUGCUAGUAAAAUGUUGGUCACUUGGCUGAACAACCUUUAUGACCGCCCAGAGCCUGAUAGUGCGGUUGGUGGUGAAACAGACACUAUUCAUCUGCCUGGACUGCUCAACAAUAAAGAUCAGAAAGACCCUUUUAUUGAUUUUGAAAUGGAAGAUCUAAAGUCUGAGCUAGCUGAUGUCAAAGAAGCCUUGAAGAUGAGGAAUGACAAGCUGGAAGAACUGAAUGGAAAAGUUAAAGACUAUGAAGGGCAAUUAAAACAACUGCAGGAGGCAGCACAAGGACCUACAGUAACAAUGCCCAGUGACAACAUAUAUCAGGAGUAUAUAGACUCCAAAUUUGAGUCCCUCAGACAGGAGCUACUGGAAGGAUUUGAAAAGAAAAUGGCAGAUCUGAAGAGCUCCUGUGAAUACAAAUUACAGGAUAUCCAGCAGCAGUGUGAUGACAAUGACAGUAACUGUGUAGGAAUAAUUGAUGUUAUAAAGGGAAAAGAGAAUGACUUGAGGAAAGAAAUAAAUACACUCCGAACUCAGAUUCCAUCAAACAAGUCCAGUUGUUGCAAGGAGGGUGAGAGGAAUGACCUUGACCAACAGAUACAGGAUUUAGAUAAAAAGAUUGAGAGAGUUGCGGAAGCACACAGGAUCUUGAAUGUCCGAAUAGAUAAUGAGAUCAGUCGAUUAUCAACUCCAGAUCUAGAAGACAUGUUUGGUGAGAGGUUGGAGGAGCUGGAUGCGAGGAUGAAUGUUACAGAACGAAAUGCUGAAGAACAUUGCUUUUACGUUGAGGAAACUCUCCGUGGUGCCAUAGCUGCUGAAGUAGAUGAAUUGAGAGACUUGUUUGAUCAAAAGCUGCGGGCACUAGAAGAUAGGCUGGGUGGCACUAUAUUAGAGAUUGCUAAUACCACAGACCCAGAUGGAAUGUUUGUUAAUCCUGGGCUCAUCUUGCCCAGUGAUGCAGGAUUCACAAAUAAACAAUUUACAGAAGAAAUAAAUUUCCUGAAGAGCAAACUACUGUCACUUGAACACCUCUGCGGACAGAAAUGUCAGUCUGCACCACAGGGUAUGGAGGACAUUCAGAAAGAGCUAGAAAACUGUAACAACAAAUACAGUCAUUUGCUUUCUAAAAUAGGUAAUAACUCUGUUCUCCUGCAGUCUCUAAAUAGCUCUCUUAAUGAGAAGCUCAACUUAAUUAAGGGUAACCAACGUGACAUCCAGAAAAUGCAGAGAGAUGUACGUGUAUUCCGGUAUAGUCUAAAUGUCAUGGAUAAAGAUAUGAAAAAUCUUCAGGAUGGCUUGAGCAGCUGCAAAGAGCAGCUUCUGGGUGUCAAUUCUACCUGUAGAAAAACACAACGAGGUGUCUUCCGGAAAAUCGAUCAAAUGCAGAGGACAUUUGCAAACCAGACUGCUCACCCCAGUGAUAACUGCUGUGGUGAAGUAAAAGAGAGACUAGAACAGUUGAAUGACCAUGUCCUGAAUGAUCUUAGCAAGUGCAAAGAGAAGACCCAAGGUAUCCAGGAGGGCGUUUCGGAUGUUGAGAGCAGAGUCUCACAUGUUGAAAAAGUCUGCAGCAAGCUGGACUCUGUCUCGGGUAACUUGCAGAAGAUAAAAGAAGGUCUGAAUAAGCAUGUGAGCAGCUUAUGGAACUGCAUCCGUGAAAUGAAUGGGACUAUAGUGUCUCAUUCCACUGAUAUUUCUGGCCUCAAAAAUUCUGUGCAACACUUUAAUAGCCAGGUCUCCAAAAUCACCAUGGACAUUGAAGGCAUGCUGAAAUCUCAGUCUGACCCAAGGCAAUCAGAAGUACCACGGCAGCCAUUGCCACCAAGACCACCCCUGCAGCCCCAGCCUGGCAUAUCCUUGCUUCCAUCAAGGCCAAGGAUACAAAUACAACCCCCACGACAGAGGACUCCCCUCCUGCCACCACAGCCGAGACCUGCUCCGCGCCCAGCACUACCAGGGUCAGGAGUUGUGCCAUUUCUGCCUGGAACAACAGGGAUCAUCCUGGAGACUGGAGAGGCAGGGCCUCCUGGCACCGUUUUAAUGUCAGGAAGAGGGCGCCUUAGAAGUGUAGAUGGUCAGGCUGGUCAAAGUACUAUGCCCAUUGCUGAAGGGUACGCUGGAGCACCAGGAUAUCCAAAGUUAUCUCCUGCUACCACGGAGUCACAAGGACCUGCUGCCGCUGCGGCCUCUCUGGUGUCAUUUUCUGCUGGGCUCACACAGAAGCCUUUCUCCAGUGAUGUUGGCGUGGUUCACUUUAACAAAGUGCUUGUGAACGACGGGGACUAUUACAACCCUAAUACAGGCAUUUUCACAUCACCGUAUGAAGGACGCUACCUGAUCACUGCUGUGCUGGCCCCGGAGAGGGAUGAGUAUGUAGAAGCAGUGCUUUCUGUCUCCAAUGCAAGCGUAGCUCAGCUCCACACGGCUGGAUACAGAAGGGAACUGUUGGAGUAUCACAAACCCUACUCAGGGAAACAGACCUGUGGUGGUCCUGGGACGUUCCACCUUGUUCUUCACCUCAAAGCGGGAGAUGAAGUAAACGUCGUCGUAACAGGAGGCAAGCUGGCCUACACAGACUCUGACGAAAUGUACUCCACGUUUAGUGGAGUUCUCCUUUAUCCUUCCAUUUCUCAUGUUUAGGUUUACCUGGAACAGGAGAGAAGGGUAAGAUAUUCAGAAGAAAUUAAGUGUAAUAAAAUCCAAAGCUUUAAUAUA